UUUUUUGGCUUCUCAUCUUCCCCAAAAGUUCUUUCUUCAAUUCUCAUCUCCAUAUCUCCCUCUCUUAGUGAGCAGCUACAAACUUGAAUCCCUCUGUUUAGCUUCUCAUACAACAUCCAAAUGGCUGCUCUUGCGCACAAGCUUUCCCUCUCCUAUCGCAAAUCUUCACCCCAUUUGCACAAACCCAAGUUUUUACCCGUUUGCUCCAUAGGUUACAAUUCAUCCCCUUCUUCCCCAUUUACGGAGAAGCACUCCAUAGAGAGGUACCAGAGAGACCAGUGGUUCUACAAGAACCAACAACCUGACCAUUCCCAUGUCUUCUCCUGCUCUACGCCUCCUGACCCUGAUUUUAUAAGGGAAAAUGACAUUGCUUUGCAGCUUCCUGAGCUAAAUAGCUUGCUACAGGUAUUGAGGGAGAAGAGGCAGGGUUGUGAGGAUGGUGGUGAUGGGGGCAAGUGUGGGCCGGGGAAUGUGUUUUUGGUGGGGACAGGGCCAGGGGAUCCGGAUUUGUUGACAUUGAAAGCACUUAAAGUUAUUCAGAAAGCUGAUCUUUUAUUGUAUGAUAGGUUGGUGUCUAAUGAUGUGUUGGAUUUGGUUGGUCCUGAUGCUAGGCUUCUCUAUGUUGGUAAAACUGCUGGAUAUCACAGCAGAACCCAGGAGGAGAUACAUGAAUUGCUUUUGAGUUUUGCUGAAGCUGGAGCUACGGUAGUUAGACUCAAAGGAGGGGAUCCUCUGGUGUUUGGAAGGGGUGGAGAAGAAAUGGACUUUUUGCAACAACAAGGGAUUCAAGUGAAGGUUAUCCCAGGUAUCACAGCUGCUUCAGGGAUAGCAGCAGAGCUUGGAGUUCCUUUAACUCACAGGGGUGUGGCAAAUAGUGUUAGAUUUCUAACUGGUCACUCAAGAAAAGGAGGAACAGAUCCUUUGUUCAUUGCAGAAAAUGCUGCAGAUCCUGAUUCAACCUUAGUGGUUUAUAUGGGCUUAUCAACACUCCCUUCACUUGCACUAAAGUUGAUGCAUCAUGGUCUAUCACCAGUAACACCUGCUGUUGCAGUUCAGCGCGGAACCACACCUCAGCAACGCAUGGUCUUCUCAGAACUAAAAGAUCUUGCUGAUAAAAUCUCAGUUGCAGGGUUGGUAUCACCAACACUAAUUAUCAUUGGGAAUGUUGUCGCACUUUCACCAUUGUGGCCACAUUCUCUAAAGGAUGCAUCAUCUAUGGUUGAGGCAAAAUAAACGCUGUCAAAACUGACAGACAAAAAGAGGUAACUCGUGCUGCAUCAUUCAUCAGGGACCUUUGAAAAUAACUGUAAACAGCUGAAAGGAAAAGGCAUUGCUGGUGAAUUUGUUGUCAACUAAUUUAAGGAAAAGCAGAGACCAGAUGGUUUGUGAAUCUAAGGAAGUGGGAAUGAAACAAUGCUAGGGCGGAUGAUUUAGCAGUUGAGAUUGGUGCAUAUUUAGUGACUGGAGAAAAGGGAUUAGCUUGCAGACCAAGGAAAUUAAACCAAAUUUCUGUUA